UAGUAUUAAGUGGAACACCAAAAUUAGUAUUUAGUGAAAAGUAUCAGCCUCACAAGAAAUAUAAGUUAAAUAACGAAUUGCCAACCAAAUUACCUAUUAUUAUGAACCACAAGCAUCGUUCGUUAUAUGGCGAUGUUCCAGUGUUUAUCCAUGAACAAGAAAAAAACGCCAUAACGGAAGAAAUUCCCGACGAGAAUUGGAGUAAAUUUACAAAGAAGUUUAAAAAAUUUAAAAAGCCUGCGCGUACAACUGAAGUAACAACUUUAAAACAUGAAAAAACUAAAAGGACACUAUUACGACGUGAUGACAAUGGAGCAGAAUGGAGAAAUUUUCGUUGGCCAGGCAAAAGAAGAAGAAAGAAGAAAGGAUCAACGACCAUUGUUAAUAAAAAUGAAGAAACGACAGAAGGAAAAACCACUAAUCAAGAAUUUAUUAGCAAAGUAUCAAAUAAAAUUUAUAGUCAUUCCGAGGAGCCAACAACUACUGUUCUCGAAACUAGCAAACAUAUAGAAUCAACAGCAGUGCCAAAUGAAGGUUUAACAUUGAGAUCUAAUAAUACUGAAAACCAAAAUACAUUCAUAAACAGAACCUUGAUAAAUAUAAAAUAUAAAACGAACAAAACAAAUUACCUAGAAAAUAUUUCAUCUGAAAGAAAAUAUAAACUCGAAAAAGAAACAACAACGACACAUAAAGUGACACUAGAAGAAGUUUCGUUGUCAGAGGGUGGUAUUAAUGAAGAAACGGAAGGAAAAUCAACUGAAACAGUGUUAAUGGAGGAAGAAACUACGGAAGAACGGGAGGAAAAGGAAUAUAAUGAAAUGAUUUCAUCUAAAGAAGAAUUAACAACUGCAGCAACUGAAAAUGAAGAAGACUUCGAAAGUACGACGCAGAAAACGGAAAAUACGGAAGAAUUAGAAGAGAUAACCGAAGGUGUCGUAGAAACUGAAUUAAAUUCUGGAAGUGAACAAGAAGUUAAUGCGCAGAAAACAGAAACUACGGAAGAAUUAGAAGAGGUUACCGAAAGUGUUGAAGAAACUGGAUUAAAUUCGGAAAGUGAACAAGAAGUUAAUACCGAAACUACGGAAGAAACUAGUACUGUGAUCGAGGAAGAAGAGGAAGAAACUACUUUAAACGAAGAAUACACUGAAAUCAAAGGUAAGGGUAAUAUUGAACAACAUUACGAAGAUGUAACUACAGCAUCAAAUGUCGAAACAAAAUUAUUGAAAAAAACUAUUAAUGAAACUCUAACAACAAAUAUGACGAUAAUUUCGAAAUGGACCACAGGAAGUGAGAAUACGAUUUCUGAAAAUACAGAAAUUUGGAAUACGGUAACUCUGCGACCUCUAACUCAUUUUAUUAACGAGUGGACAACAAAAAGUCCAUUAAAUUAUGAAAUACCUACACCUCCAGUACCAAUCAUUGAAGUUUCUGUUUAUUUAACAGAAAUAAAUAAACCAAUUUUAUCGCAAAUGGAUUGGAAUGGAGAAGGAACAGAAAAACAGUUAAUAUUUUUAAAUGAAUUCUCCGAACCUAGCGAAGAUUAUGAAUCAAUUAUAGAUAAUGAAUUAUCCAUUUUAACCGACAACAAUUAUAGCGAGAUGACUACAAUGGAGGCAGAUCCUCUGGUGGAUUACAUUAUGAAUAAUAUCAAGAAUGAUGGGGCUCUACAAAGUAAUAUACGUGACAGUAACUUAAUCACAAGUGCUGAUUUUGAUACUAUUUCGUUUGAAUCUGAAACUAAAAAAGAUAGACCGACCUUUGGUUUUGGAGAAGACUUCUCCGAUAAGAUUGAAGAAGUAUCUAUAAAAAAUCCUGAAGUUCCAGAUACUAUUUCGUUUGAAUCUGAAACUAAAAAAGAUAGGCCCACAUUUGAUUUUGGAGAAGACUUGUCCGAUAAGAUUGAAGAAGUAUCUAUAAAAAAUCUUGAAGUUCCAGAUACUAUUUCGUUUGAAUCUGAAACUAAAAAAGAUAGGCCCACAUUUGAUUUUGGAGAAGACUUGUCCGAUAAGAUUGAAGAAGUAUCUAUAAAAAAUCUUGAAGUCCCAGAUUUAAACAACGACCUCAACAGUAAUAGUGAAUUAAAUGAAGAUUAUGAUUUACUUAGUGUCAGCGAAAAUAUGGUUCUGGAGAACAUUCAAAGCACAAACAAUAUAGAUUUUACAUUGGACGAAAUUUCAAAUAGUCAAUCAACCAUUUAUAUAGAAGAUUUAAAUACUAUAAAACUUAAUCUUUUGAGCAACGUUUUGGGUACAAUUGAUUCAUUAGGCACAACUGAAGAAGUACAAACUGUGAUUAAUGAUCUUCUGAAGAACGAUAUGAUGAUUUCCAAGCGGGCAACGGCUACAGAAGAUAUUAUAGAUUCAUCAAUUGAAACAUUUAAUAGAAUUACUUCAGAAGGUGGUAAUGGAAAGGAAACAACUGAAGAGUAUAUCGAAGAAAAAACAGAUGUCAUAAUGAAAAAAAAAAUUCAUAAGAAUAAUAGAAAAUUAACAUAUAAACAACCGAAAUUGAUAAACAAUAAGAAAAUUAUAUCAAAAGUUGAAGUUUCAAAAUAUGGAACAAAAUUCUUUGAAAAAUCGAGUCCUCAUGUUCUUUAUGAAAAUUCUACUGAAGUUGGUACAUAUGCAACCAAUAUAUCGGAAAAGAAUCACAACAAAGAAGUUAAUGAUAUAUCACAAGUAACCGAAGAAAUGGAAGACAAUGACUAUGAAGAAAUUAUUGUAAAAACUGAAGAGACUGUCAUGCUACAAGAGACGGAACCAUCAGAAGAAAAUGAUAAUGAAUUAUUUGUAAAAACUGAAGAAUCUAAUGAAAUGUCAACAUAUGAGGAUAACGAAGAUAAUUACAACAUAGAUGUUACUCCUAAUCAAACUGAUUUUUACCUAAUUCAGUUGAGUACAAUUCAAGAUGAAUAUUCUGAUUUUCCCACAGAUGAAUCAAUGCCAAUGAUUUAUGUAUCAGAAACUGAACCCUCUGAUUUAAAUUACGGUGAAACUGCACAAGAAAUAUCAUCUGUCGAUUCUCCUAUAUUGUUUGAAGCUAGUGUUGAAACUGAACAAAUAAUAACAUCGAGACCAAUAGAUAUUCUUUCGGAAUCUUUCACACCCGUUAAUAUUGAAGAUCUUGAUGAAUUUACGGAACAGUUUACAGUCUCUUUCGACGAAGAAGACAAAGCGGUAAUGGACGAAGAUAUGAUCGAAUAUACGAAAGAUGUACCAAUGGAACAUACCGAUGAAAACAAAAUUAUAAUAAAUGACCCUAUCCUUUCACCUAGCGAAGACAAGGAAAAUCGGUUAAUGAAAGAAGAUACAAUUAACAAAGUUAUUGAGCAGUUCGAUUGUUUUGUGGAGAGUAAUAACGAAUCUGAUUUGAUAGUUGUAUCGCCUAUUACGCAUAUUAGUUCAAGAAUACAUUUAUCAUCUGCAUCUUCUCCAAUUUUUAUGUACAAUACAAAGAAGUGUGCGAUACCUAUGAUUACCAGAGAUAAAACUACUACAUUAAACUCCAUCAGUCCGUCAGGAAGUACUCAACUAGUAGACACCAUUAAUGUUGAAGAUACUGACGACAUGGAUGACGACAUGAAUGAUUAUGUUAAAUAUAGCUUAGAAGGUGCUAUGGACUUGGAGCAAAGGUAAAAGCCUGUUAUUUUUAAGAAUUGUACAUUUUACUAUAUCAUGUAAUAAAUAUAUAUUUGUAAGUAAA